AUGGGUCAUCUAUCCAUUCACCCGCAGUCACCAUACGAGAGCCAAAAUGCGUCCCGAGUCUCGCUUGUCUCGAACCUCCAGCAGCAACGCGGCAUCACAAAUCCUGAUUCGCGCCCUAACGGCACUUCUCCUCUGUCACCUAAUCGUGCUGCUCCGCGUGCCAACCAUCCCCCUCGACGCGCUCCGGUCAUUAAUCCCAACCCCAGGAGCGUGUCUGGCAUGCCGGACCCCAUGGCGGCGGCUCCAACUAAGGGUUUUGCUUGGGCGUUUCCCGCAGAUGAUUACGACCACGAAGAGAAGAGGACGUCUAGCAGCGGCGAGUCUAGCGUAGACCGAUCCAACGCCCCUUCGCGUCAAGGCAGCUUCGCGACGUCGGUCAAUAGCAGCAUCUUCACCACAGACUCCAAGCUACCACCCGGUCAACAACGACUGAACGAUGGCACGCCUCCCUACUCUCAUCCUUCAUCAGACGUACUGACUAGUUCAGACAUCCCUAGCACUCAUCAUCACUCCAUGCAACAUCGCAGCGUGACUAGCCUGCAGAAUGUUGAUCCCACCAACCCGCUUGCGCCUGGGAGUGGAAGUUAUAGCAGGACCCCUGAGCUUCGCGUCAGCCACAAGAUGGCAGAGAGGAAGCGUCGUAGUGAGAUGAAGAACCUGUUCGACGAUCUCAAUGGCAUCCUUCCCAACAGCCCAGGCAGCAAGUCAUCCAAGUGGGAGAUUCUCACCAAGGCUAUUGAAUACGUCACCAGCCUGACCCGCGCACAUCAAAGCGCUCGCGAAGAGAUCAGCCGCUUGCGACCUGAUGCAGAAUACUGUCGUCGGGCCCAGGAGGAGAACGAGCUCCUCCGAGCAGAAUUGAACGCCGUGUGGAACGCUCUCCGUCGCGUCGAUCCAUCCAACUCUCAUGUCUACGGAAGUAUGACAGGCCAGUUCGCACAAGGACAACCCGCAACUCCUGCGUCCGGAACCAACGUCCUUCCACCGUUACAGCAGCAGCAACAGCAGCAGCAACAGCAACAGCAAGGGCUCUCGCAACAGCCACCACCAUCGCAGGCUCAGUGGGGACCACCGCCGCAUGGAGGCUCUAUGCAGGGACCGAUGCAAGGCGUCGAGUUUGGCGGUAUGCGGCCCUACGAGCACCCUCACCGUUGA